CAUCCGUUUGCUAACCUAUAAACACGUUGGAGCUGACAGCGAGGAAGAGUCCCAUGUAGAACUCCCAGUUCGCAGUAUUAUCUCGCUCCAUUUUUCUGUCUCACAACAUUUCAUCGGACGAAUUUCUGAGAUUGUGAAAAUUUGGAGUCAACACCGAAUCGCCAGUGAAAAGUGAGAGUCCCUACGUGGCAGUUGUUAAUUCCUCUCUCACAACAGUAAACCAUAAUUAUCAUCUACAAAGACGUUGAAUGAAUAAUCAGUGAUAUUCCGUGACUAGACAUGAUAUCGCUCGUUUCACGCCUAAACUCAAACAGAUGUAGAGUGACUGUCCAAAUUUUCUGACAUAUCGUGUAGUUCACUUCACUCACUCACAAUCAACAUUUUUAUUAUAAUUUUCAAGUGUUCAACAUUUAACAGAGGAAAUCAAAUCAAUCGAAAAACAUUAAUAACCCCCCGAGGUACCACAAAACAAGCUACAAUGAGUGAAUUGAGCCAGGAGGAGAUGCGGAAGCGUCGACUGGCACGUUUAGCUGGUUUAGAAACCAGUGCUGCAGGAAGCACAAAUGGUGGCAAUUGUCUCAGUUCUCCAAGCACACCAGGACCAUCAAAAAAUCCUGGCCUAGCUAAUGUAUCGCCAGUACAGCCACCAGAGUCACAUAAUCUGAAUAAUGAUAUGGCAAUGGAGACCGAGGACAGCAGCGAAAAGCAGUUGAAUAAUUCGGGAAUUGAUGUGGAUUCUGGAAUUGAGAAUAUGGAGGUUGAAGAGUCUGACAGGAAAGAUACUGCCUCUAGAUCAAGAACGACAAGCUCGAGCAUCGAAGUAUCCCCAGAUCAAAUUCACACAGUCAUAUCACGAGUUCUUUGUGUCUCUUGGAAAGACUCCACUGGCCACAGGAUAUAUCUCCCCCAGCUCUCCUCAGCCUUAUCAUCAGAUGUCCAGAGAUCUCUUCACUCCACUGAGAUAAUAAGUCAGAGUCUGAUGGAGGUCCUCCAGACGUUUACGAGAGAUGAGGAUCCACUGAAAGGUGUCACUAUGGAGACAGCCUCAGACCGGGAGGACAGUCCCAACAGUCAAGCAAGCCCACUGACAAGUCCAGUGGACUCCCUUCCAUCGUACUCACUGGCCAGUCUGCCCCUGCCCCCAGGUGAGAAAGGGAAAAAGCUGGAGAAGUCACCACAACUCAAGAGCCUUCUCUACCUCCUGGACUGCUAUACUCGAGUGUCGGUUGAGGAGAGAAAUCAACCAAAACGCUCAUCAGUCCCCCCCAUAUCCGAUGUUCUGGCCUGCCUCCGAGCCCAGUGUGUUCAAUACUCCAGUCUUGUUCUUCAAGGAGUCCUCGAUACUCCAGAUGUCCAGAUAUCCACUGGCUACAGUCCCCUCCUUAUCCCCGUUCUCUCCCAGACAUUACCCCGAGGCUUCCUCCACGAACUCGUUGCCAGAACUCAUUCCAAUCCCCAGACAUUCAACAAAAUCUUCACACCUCUUCUCCAAGGGCUCUAUCUGUCCAUGCAACAGGGUAGUUUAGUGGGUAAUACCCAUCGUCGACCUGUACAAGCACUCGAGGAACUCAUCGACAUCAGAUGCGGCACCAAUGGCAACAUCAGGCCAAUCUGUCGACUCAUAACUCAUCAAGUUCAAUUUCUUCCUGAUUUUAUGACAACUGCUAUGGGGAGAGAGUUGGCUCGCACCUCAUUCCUUGGACCCUUCCUCUCGGUUUCAGUAUUUGCUGAGGAUCAGCCCAAGGUCGCUGAGAAGUUUUUCAGUGGUAAUCCUUCAAAUGAUAAAUCAAUCAACCUGACACUCCAGCAGGAGUUGGAGAGCGUUCGCACUUCGUUUCACAAGAUGUUGCACGCUAUUUUGGCGACCUCAACGUGCCGUGAGGCAACUCUAGCCUAUCUGGCUGCUUUGCUUCGUCACAAUGAGAAGAGGGCGCAGAUACAAACUGAAGAAUUUAAACUUGCUGGAGAUGGGUUCAUGUUGAAUCUUCUGUCAGUCCUGCAGAUGUUGUCUGUUAAAAUAAAACUGGAUACUGUGGAUCCACUUUAUCCAUUUCAUCCAUCGAGUUUUGUGGAGAUUAAGAAUGACACGAGAUUGAAAUUAUCAUCUCAAGAAGUAACAGACUGGUUGAAAGAACUUGAAAAAUCCCACAAAUGGACAGAAGCCAAAUUUCCAACUCAAUGUUGGUUUUUAACACUUCAUUGCCAUCAUGUGGCACUACUCCCUGCUCUACAAAAAUACCAGAGAAAAUUGCGAGCCCUGAGGGAUCUUCAAAAGAUGCUGGAUGAACUACAGGCAACUGAGUCCCAGUGGAAGGACACUCCCUUUGCAGCUCAUAACAAAGAACUGAUUAAACGUUGGAAGCAGCAGUUGAAACGUCUGGGAAAGUCAAAAUCGUGUGCUGAUGCAGGUUUGAUUGAUCCAGUGCUCAUCAGACGUUGUCUACAUUUUUACACAUCAGUAGCUGAAGUCCUAUUGGGACUGUUGACCGAUACAAUGCCAGGAAGUCCCCUUCCAGCUCUUCCUCUCCCCCGAAACGUCCCCAACCGAUUCACCGCCCUUCCAGAAUGGUAUGUUGAGGACAUUGCAGAGUUUUUACUUUUUGCUCUGCAAUUUAGCCCUGAAAUCGUCGCCAGCAACAUGGACAACUCCCUCAUAACUUGGCUCUUAGUCGUUAUCUGCACACCCCACUGCAUACGAAAUCCUUAUCUCAUCGCUAAAAUCAUCGAGGUCCUCUUCGUGAUCAAUCCCAGUGUUCAAGGCAGCACUGAAACCCUUCACGAUCAAGUAAUGUCCCAUCCAAUCUCCAAAAAUUUUUUGGCCUCCUACCUCAUGAAAUUCUACACAGACGUCGAGACAACUGGUUCGAGCUCAGAAUUCUACGACAAAUUCUCAAUUCGUUAUCACAUCAGUCUCAUUCUGAAGUCAAUGUGGGAUUCACCAGUUCAUCGUGCUUCCAUUGUCAAUGAGAGUAACAAUGGCAAACAAUUUGUCAAGUUCAUCAAUAUGCUGAUGAAUGACACGACCUUUCUGUUGGACGAGAGUUUGGAAUCGUUGAAGAGAAUUCACGAGGUCCAGGAGCUGAUGUCUGAUACAGCAGCUUGGUCAGCAUUAUCUCAGGAACAGCAGCAGUCAAGGUCGAGACAGUUGACUGCUGAUGAACGUCAAGCCAGAUCUUUUCUCACACUUGCUAAGGAGACUGUUGCCAUGUUCCAUUAUCUCACUGUUGACAUCAAGGAGCCAUUUUUGCGGCCUGAACUCGUUGGACGACUCAGUGCCAUGUUGAAUUUUAAUUUGAAACAGUUGUGUGGACCGAAAUGUAAGAAUUUGAAGGUAAGAAAGCCUCAGAAAUACGGUUGGGAACCGAGGACACUUUUGGGGCAAUUGGUGGACAUUUACCUACAUCUUGACUGUGAUAAUUUUGCUGCUGCACUGGCUAGCGAUGAGAGGUCUUUUGGAAAGGAACUGUUCAAUGAUGCUGCUAAUAGACUUGGCAGAUCUGCCAUUAAAACUACCACUGAGAUUGAGAGAUUCAUGGCACUCGCUGAAAGAGCUGCUGUUAUUGCACAUGAUAAUCGAGCGAGAGACGAGGAUUAUGGGGAUGCACCUGAUGAAUUUAAAGAUCCUCUUAUGGAUACACUUAUGGAUGAACCCGUUAAACUUCCGUCCGGAAUUAUUAUGGAUAAGGCUGUUAUCAUCAGACAUUUACUCAACAGCUCCACCGAUCCCUUCAGUCGACAGCCUCUUAGUGAGGACAUGCUUACGCCUGCACUGGACUUGAAGGAGAGAAUAGCUGCAUGGAAACAGGAGAAAAAGAAGUCUGCUAAUUAUUAAGUGGUACUAACAAUCGUUCGUAGAACGUUUAUUCGAUCUAAUAUGGCAUCGUUCUGUCACUGCACAUCAGUCAACGAUUAGAAUUUCUGACAGCAACAGACAUUGAGAUGGCCACCAGUGCAAUGAUCUCCCAACUGUGGCAACUGUUGCGCUCAACACGUAAAAAUUUGCAGUUCUUUUUGUACAAUAAUGAUAAAUGAACACAGACUGCAGCCAAGUAACUGCCAAUCAACAAUUUUCAAAAGAAAAGAUGAAUGAAAAAUCUGUAUGAAGAAUCGACUGUAAAUACGCGCGUAAUCUGCUGCCUACAACCAAUUACUCAUCGAUGUCAAUCAGUUUCAUUUCCAUUUUUUUAAUUGUGGAGGGGAAACGAAAAUCAUUGUAACUUUUUUUUUUUCAAGUAUUAGCGUUUUUAAUGUGAAUGAUGUAUAAAUUUCCAUUGUAAAUGUUAUUGGCAUUCGUGUGGAUGAGGUAGCGGGUCAAAUGGAGAAGGAGCGAUUGAGGAAAAUACUCGGUAAAUCGAUGAGAAAUAAAAUUUGUAAGAGUUUAUCAGCGUAGUAGUUGACAAACAAGUGGCAUUUUUUGACAUGUGAUCUUGAAAAUGGGACAUUGUGACGUUGCCAUAGUCCUACGUAAUGGUCUCCCUCGAUAAACAAAAGAAAAAGAAUUAGUAAUCAUGAUACUUUAGCAUUCCUGAUUCAAUUUAACACGUGACAAAUUUUUUCAUGGCUCUUUGAAACUGAAUUUUUUUUUGUAGAAAUGAAAACUGAUUCCAUAUACGUUUAUACGGUUAACUGUGCCCUUAGUGUAAAUAAUGUGAAAAGAAAAUGGAAUUUCGUUGAUGGCUUUCUUCAUUUUUCUCUAACAAUCUAUCAUCAUGAGUAAUAUCAAUAUUCACUGUGUUAACAGACUCCACUGGCUGCAUUCAGGAGUAUUAAUGCAACAUCUAGAUAUCAUUUUUACGAAAUUUGUCUGUACAUACAUUCGAUCAUCAUUUGAAAGUGGCUUAUGUGCAUUCUUCAAUUAUCAAAAUUCAUUUCAAUUGUCAUUUGUGGCGAGGGCCACGUGGUGGAUAACAAAGUCGUAAUAAAUCAAGUAUCAUCUUAUCGUAUGUUCAAUGAAUAAUUAAUCUUAUAUAAUAUGUAAAAGUAAUGUAAACAAUAAAAGAAAAUCAUUUGAA